ACAAAUACAAUUCACUCAUUCGCAAACGCUGACAAACUAACGACGCAAUGGACCUCGAAACUCCGAACCCCAACAACAACAAUGGGGAAUCCUCAAACCCAGAGCUUCCGAACCCCAGCAGCUAUAACGCAGACGAAACCCAACCCUGUUUCGAAGACAUGGAUAGCUCUUGUUCUACUCCUUAUGUCAGUGCUCCCUCUAGCCCUGGCCGUGGCGCCCCUGUCUCCGGCUUCUUCUACAGUGCCCCUGCGAGCCCAAUGCACUUUGCACUCAUGAGCUUGGCUUUGACAUCAUCGAAUACAACAAAGCCUCAUUCUUCUUCAACAAUGGACGACUUUGAGUUCUCUGCGAGGUUUGGUUCGGGAGGGUUGGGUAGCACAGGGCCGUUUAUGAGCUCUGCGGACGAGCUUUUCUUGAACGGGAAGAUCCGCCCCAUGAAACUUUCCACCCACUUGGAGCAGCCUCAGGUCUUAGCUCCGUUACUGGAUCUUGGAGCAGAAGUGGAUGAGUAUGACGCGGAUCAGCAUGGCGUGAGAGGUAGAGAUCUGAGACUACGCGAUAAGUCUCUGCGCAGAAGAACCAGAUCUAUGUCUCCGGUGAGAAACACAGGACAUGAGUGGACGGAGAACGAAGAUAUCGAGAAAAACACGAGCAUGGCAGAGAAGGGUGGUUGUUUGGAAGUAGAAGAAAAUGAGAGGGAAAAGAUUGAAGAGUUGUGCUCAGAGACUACCACUCCUUCGGUUUCUGCUUCGUCUUCAAGAUCUUCUUCGGCUGGGAGGAGCUCAAAGAGGUGGGUUUUCUUAAAAGACUUUCUCAGAAGCAAAAGCGAAGGGAGAAGCAACAAGUUCUGGUCUUCGAUUUCGUUUUCUCCCAUUAAAGAAAAAAAACCUGGUCUUGCCUUACAAGCAAGGGUUGCUUGGGUGCUUGGGGUUUAGUUCAAAGGGUUAUGGAGCCAUGAACGGACUCGCCAGAGCUUUAAACCCAGUCUCCUCCAGGUAAAUAUCUCUGCUGGGGUUGAAGAAAAACUGUACAGAUUUUUUUUUUCCUUUCUAUUUAGGAUUUUUAUGAUUAUAAUUAUCUAAGUAUUUAUUGUUGGAUCUUCUCUGUCUGCUUAAAAGAGAAGCUGUCCCUCAUUUUGAUGGGGUUGAUGAAGUAAUGUUUUGUUUAGAGCUAAAGUAUUGCAGCAGCUGUAUCAGUUUGAUAUGUAAUGGAACUUUCUCUAAUGGGGUUUGUUUGUU